CUUUCUCUCUUUCCUCUGCGCGCGACGCAGACCCAACUCUCUCUCUCUCUUCAACCCAGAGGGAAAAGAAGAAAAGAAUAUUUCUCAUUUUAUUAUCUUUUAUUUUCUGGAAAAAACCAUUCUUGAAAAAGGCCUAAGCCUAACCUCCUUAUCCUCAAUCUCGCACAUCCUGAGAACAAGAGGGUAUCAGGAUAAUGCCGCUUUCUAGGGUUUUCUUUGCAGGCAAUGGUUUUCACGUGGAGUUAAUCAGAGAGUGACGGCGGGUUAGUGGUUGUGUGUUUCUAUCGUUGAUGGUUUUUGAAUGAUUGAAAUGGGGUCGUGUGGGAGAUCUGCUGCCAUUGAUGAUCCCUCAGAAAAGUUUGUAAUUGAGCAGCAGCAUUUGUGCUCAGAGGUUCAAGAGCAGGUUGUUUCUGUGCAGGAGUCUUGUUUAGAAGAAGAGGCUUACAAUGUGGUGGACUCUAAUGUUGAGCUCUCCACUGUGACUGAUGGUUGUCUGCGAGGGGACCGUGUCAGUUCUGAAGGACGUGUUGAUGUUACCGAGGGGUCCGGAGAGGGUUUGGGUUUGGCGAGUGAAUGCAAAAAUGCUGAUUUGUUGCCACUGGAGAAAUCUACUCAGGAUGAUUGUCAGAAUUGUUUGGGUGUUUCUUGUGGGAGCAUUGAAGUUCUCUGUGUAAACAGUGGCUCAGAGGGAAAUUUUCAGAAUGAGGGUAUCUUUGAUCAGCUGUCGGGGUCCUUAACUGCAGAUGAUUCACAGAGGCGUUGUGCUCAACAGGAUGAGCAGAAGGAUGAUGAGUCAGGGUCCUUAAUUACAGAGGAUUCACAGAGGCAUUGUGCUCAACAGGAUGAGCAGAAGGAUAAUAAGAGUGACGUAUUGCCUGCAGCAGGAGAUGAUUCGGAUGUCGUGGAAGGCAAAAAUGAUGAGACUGGUGUUCUUGCUGAUGCUUUCAGUCAUGCACUUGAUUUCAGGGAUUGCGAAGUGUCUUUGGAAUCAGAAUCCAUGGCUGACUUGCUAGUUGAUUGCAACCAGCAAAGUGAGCAGGAGAAAAUUAUGAGAAAUCCAGAUCCCUUGUUGAAUGUAGUUGAAAAAUGUGACGCUCUAAUUGGGGAGGAAACUGAUGCUUGCAGGAAGAUAUCUCCUACUCCGGCUAUGGAAGUGCCAUCAGGUGCAUUAUGUACAGAUACAGAAGUAGAGAGCAUAAAUGAUCACCCAUGUGAUCAGAAAGAUGGUGAGGAAACUGAUGCUUGCAGGCAGAUAUCUCCUACUCCGACUAUGGAAGUGCCAUCAGAUGCAUUAUUUACAGAUACAGAAGUAGAGAGCAUAAGUGAUCAGCCAUGUGAUCAGAAAGAUGGUGAGGAAACUGAUGCUUGCAGGAAGAUAUCUCCUACUCUGGCUAUGGAAGUGCCAUCAGGGCCACCAUCAGGUGCAUUAUGUACAGAUGCAAAAGUAGAGAGCACAAAUGAUCAGCCAUGCGAUCAGAAAGAUAUUGAGGAUCAGAAUAGUACUUGUGAAGAAAAGUUUAAAGCUUUUGUUGAUGAAGAAGUCAUCAACAUUAAUUCAUGUAUAAAAAUAUCAUCCUCUCUAGAUUGCCAGGAGACUGUUGCGAGCUCACCUGUAGUUGGUUUUCCUUGUGAGCCUGCCCUGUUGGAUCCAGGGUGUGAAAUGAAGAAUGACAUGCUGCAAAUAGAUGAUUUCUGUAAAUUGAAGGACUGUUCCUCAGAGGAAACUACCAACUCUACCUUUAGAAAACCAUUUUCUCCUGAAUCAGGUCUGCCCUCUGUUGCUUUAAUUACCAACUGCUCUGCAAAGGAUGUUCUUGAUCUCCAUUCUAAGGGUGAUGAUGUUUCCAUUAAUAAUAAUAAUGCUGUUAACAAUCCAGGGCAGAUGGAUAAUGAUGGAACAAAAGCUGUUGAAGUUGAUUGUAUCACUGAAAGCAUACCGUUACCUUCUCUAAGGGAUAGUCGAAGAACUAAAUUUGGCCGUAAGACACAAACCAAAAAGGCUUCAAGAAAUUGCAAGAACAAAACCAAGGUGACGCAUUCAAAUGGGGGUAUGAAGCUAAACUUAGAGGCUGCUAGAAAGAAAAGAAGUUGUUUCUCCAAACCAGCUCGUUCUUCUGUCUGGGGAUUGAUUGGGAAUAUUGAACAGUUUUUUGAGCAAGAUAAUGAGCUUGGAGUUGGUGAAGCUGUGUGCCAAGAAUUGGGGAAGGCUAGAAGCAAGCGUCAAAGUGGGAAAGCGGUUAAGAAUGGUGCAAGUACUACCUCAUUGAGUUCAGUACAGAAGUGUUCUGUUUCAACUACUCGUGUUCGUCUGAAGAUUAAAUUUGGGAAAGAAGUUGAUUUAAGUUGCUCAAAUGUCUUGAUUCCAGAGUCAGUUGAUGGUUUGGCUUCUGCUUCUUACUUGGUGUCUGAUUCAGGUUCUCAGAAAGUAGCCGGCAAUGCUGAUGAUAAAAUUUCUGAUGCGGUGGCUUUGGGAAAUUCAGAAUCUUUCAGUAAUGACCUGGGCAAGGAUGGUCUUGUUCUAAAUGAACAAGUUGCAAAUAACCCCUUAGAAACUACUGAAAUAACAGAGAAGUCAUAUGGGGAUGCAGAGGAACCUUGUCUUGCUGUUCCUCCUGAGAAGGUGGUUGAAGCAUUGAUUGAACCUAUGAGUAAUAAGGGUAUGGAUCCUGGAACCUCACCUGAUUCUGAAGUUAUCAAUUCAAUUCCCGAAGUCCAGAUUGGAGAAAGACAUCAAGAAGACGUACAUCAUGCUGUUUUAGGUUCUUCUAAAGAAUUAAAUUCUAAAUUGGAUGUUACCAUCAGUAAGAGAGGGAAGAAGAAAGAGAAACUUAUUUGUUCUGGUAAUUGUAUCACUGAAGAUGGAUCACAAGGUCCACGUGGGAAUAGUAGAGCUAAGCAUUCAAAGAAUCACAGACGUAAGAAAAAUUGCAGGGAUGCAUUUAGCUCUUUGGAGUUGCCCACUGAGAUAAGCAAAUCUGUGACCAGUAAAGAAUUGUCCCCAGAAUUAUUGCCCCAUUCUGGAGAGACCGAACUUGGAGGCUCCGUCGAGGCUUUGAAAGUUAAAAAUCAUAUGGACGCUAAGACAAGUAAUAAACCAUCUGUUGACCAUGGAUUUUCAGAUUCCCUGGUUUCUGAGAAAAUGCUGUCAUCUGCAAGACCUUUGGGGCGUAAACUACCUAAAAGUCUUAGACCUAGUAAAGUUAGCAAGACCAAAUCUAAAGCUUCUGACUCAUCUGGCAGGAAAAAGACUACUGCUGGUACAUGCAAGGAGAAACAGAAAAAUCCAAUUAAUAAGAGCAAAGUCAAGGGAAAAGGUGCCUCUCUUAAAGUUACAUGUGAAGUGGAAGAUUGCCCACAUCCAGAAGCAAAUGCUGGAAAUCAUAAGCUGGAUGCUAUUGGAAAAAUUAUUGCUGAUGACAACAGAGUAUCGGUCAAUGUAUCUAAUUUGGACAUGCUGUCUGGUGUUGGUUUUGGGGAGCAAAUUCUAUCACCCCGCAAUGCAUGGGUGCGUUGUGAUGAUUGUCACAAGUGGCGGCGAAUUCCAGCUGUGCUAGCAGACCGAAUUGAUGAAACUAACUGCACCUGGACAUGUAAGGACAGCAGUGAUAAAGCCUUUGCUGAUUGUGCUAUCCCUCAAGAAAAGUCUAAUGCAGAGAUUAAUGCGGAGUUGGGAUUAUCAGAUGCCUCGGGUGAAGAAGAUGCAUAUGAAGGUUCCAAAAAUUUUAAGGAAUUAGAAUAUUGGCCACCUAUAGUUUCCCAGGAGUCAACUUUUACCAAUAUUUUGACCAAUGAAUUUCUGCAUCGUAGCCAUAAAACUCAGACUAUUGACGAGAUAAUGGUAUGUCAUUGCAAGCCAUCUCAAGGAGGAAAGUUAGGCUGUGGGGAUGAAUGUCUAAAUCGGAUUCUUAAUAUCGAAUGUGUGCAAGGAACCUGCCCAUGUGGGGACCGUUGUUCCAACCAGCAGUUCCAAAAACACAAGUAUGCUAGCCUGAAGUGGUUUAAAUGUGGGAAAAAGGGUUACGGACUGAAGGCAAUUGAGGAUGUAGCUCAAGGCCAGUUUCUUAUUGAAUACGUUGGAGAGGUGCUUGAUAUGCAAACGUAUGAGGCACGGCAAAGAGAGUACGCUUUGAAGGGCCAUCGGCAUUUCUAUUUUAUGACCUUGAAUGGUAGUGAGGUGAUAGAUGCAAGUGCAAAAGGAAACUUGGGGCGUUUCAUUAAUCAUAGUUGUGAUCCUAAUUGUCGGACAGAAAAGUGGAUGGUGAAUGGGGAAAUCUGUAUUGGACUGUUUGCAUUGAGGAAUGUUAAGAAGGAUGAAGAAUUGACAUUCGAUUACAACUAUGUAAGGGUUUUUGGUGCUGCUGCCAAAAAAUGCUAUUGUGGUUCGUCUAACUGUCGAGGUUAUAUAGGUGGUGGUGAUCCACUUAAUGCUGAAUUGAUAGUUCAAAGUGAUUCAGAAGAAGAAUUUCCCGAACCUGUUAUGCUUACCAAAGAUGGUGAAAUUGAAGAUGCUGUACCUACACCCAAGUAUUUUAAUAAUGUUGAUACAGAAUCUGCUAAACAUAUGUUGAAAGACAGGGAUAUAUUGGAAAAUCCUACAACUGCUAUAGAUUCAGAUGGUUCUCCAGAGAAAGAGAGUUCUAUGAACCCUGCCUCUGCCGUUUCUCUGUUGCACAGCUCAGCAGAAAUGGAGGAUUCAAAGGGCAAAUUACCAUCUUCUGUUAGAGAUGAAGAAAUUUCUCUACAAAUGGAGGAUGUAACAAGCAAACCCAUGCCUUCUGUACACCAAGGAUAUGAAAAGGAAUCAGAGUUUGCAGACAAAACUUCUUCCAUUCAAAGAUUAGAGACUACUUCUCCCCCUACAACUGUCAGCAAAAUGUUACCGAAUUCUGCUGGUAGUAAUAGGGAGUCCAAGUCUGAAAUAAUUGGAGGCAAGAAGACUCCUAAGUUAAAUGGUUCUGUUAAAAAGGGGAAGGUUCAUGCUAAUCCUCCAAAUGGCCUUAAAACUGAGGUGACAGCCAAUCGAUUACAGGUGUCAUCUAUAAAACACAAAAAAGUAGAAGGUUCUUCCAAUGGACGGUUUGAAGCAGUUCAGGAGAAACUUAAUGAGUUGCUGGAUGGAGAUGGUGGAAUAAGCAAAAGAAAAGAUGCCACCAAAGGGUACUUGAAGCUUUUGUUUCUCACUGUGGCAUCAGGUGAUAGAAUUAAUGGUGAAGCUAUUCAAAGCAAUCGAGAUCUUUCCAUGAUCCUUGAUGCCCUUCUGAAAACAAAAUCUAGAGCAGUGCUGAAUGAUAUAAUUAACAAAAAUGGUUUACAGAUGUUACAUAACAUUAUGAAGCAGUACAGGCAUGACUUCAAAAAAAUUCCAAUACUACGAAAGCUUCUUAAGGUCUUGGAGUUCCUAGAAGCAAGCAAGAUUUUGACAUCUGAACAUAUUAAUGGUGGUCCUCCUUGUCAUGGAAUGGAGAGCUUUAGAGAGUCAAUGCUUUCUCUGACAGAGCAUGAAGACAAACAGGUCCAUCAAAUUGCUCGAAACUUCCGAGACAGAUGGUUUCCCAGACACGCCAGAAAACAUGGCUAUAUGGACAGGGAUGAUAACAGAGUGGAAUCUCACAGAAGUUUCAAGUGCAACAGAUUUUCAGCAUCACACAGUCAGAGGCAUGAACAGGAUUUAAGGACUACAGAAGCAAUUGAUUGUAGUCAGCAGGCGAUGCUUGUGACAACUCCAGUAGAUGCUGAAACCUGGGAAGGCUGUCCUGUGCAGUCUCUAGAUGGGGUUGAAAUCAAAAGAGCUAAAAAACGCAAGCGCAAAAGCCGAUGGGAUCAACCAGCCGAUACAAACUCGCAUUCUGAUGCCGUUAUGAGCUCUAUCGGUGAAAGCCAGAACAUUCCCGAGGAUGGUCCACCAGGGUUUUCAUGUCCAGUAGGUUCAUUAAAUGCUUCCCUAAACUCUGGUAAUCUUGCCUUGCAAAAUGCAAGCCGUUCUGGAUGCCCCUCUGAUAUAGUUAUUGGUCAUCCAAAAGAGAAAUUUAACUCUCACUUGCCUGUCUCAUAUGGAAUGCCAUGGUCUGCCCAGCAAUAUGGAACACCUCAUGCUGAAUUUCCUGAGUGUUGGGUCACUGCACCUGGCAUGCCUUUCAACCCAUUUCCUCCACUACCCCCGUAUCCACGGGACAACAAAGACUGUCAACCUUCUAAUACUACUAAUGCUAUGAUAAUUGAUCAGCCUGCUGAAGUUAAGCAGGGGGAUACCAGUGGUAUGGUUAAUUGUUGCUCAGAUGAUAUGAUUCCCAGCACAACUGGUGUUAACUCUGAAGACUCCAACCUACUGUUUGAGGACGAUAAACACAAACGAUUGAAGGGUGAUUCCAAUGAUUUGGGAACGAGGUACUUUAGACAGCAGAAAAUACACCGACCAUGGUUCAAGAGGAAUGCAUGGAAAUGUGAUGAGAACAACUCUUGUGGUGAUAUGUGCAGUAUAGAUGUAGGAGAUGUACCAAAAGAGUCAAAAGUUACUUGUGACGCGGAGGAUGCAAUCUGUAGAGAGGAGUAAGGUGGCGAUAUUAUUUAUUAGCAUGCACAGCAGCAAUAUCAAUAUUGUUCACAGGAAAAAGAAAUAUUUUUGUUUUCUUUUUUCUUCCUUAUACAUUAAUGUACUGUCAAUUCAUUUGUUCCUGAAUCUAUUAUUCAAUGAAAAUAUCAUUCAAUUUCAGCAUU